GACUUGCUAGACUCUAAAAUAAUAGUACUAAUAAAUUAAGAAAAGCAAAAAAAAUUCUCCACCGCUCGAAACUGUCGAAUAAAAGAGGAACCGAAGAGAAGAAAAAACCCUUUUUCGCCGUCGUGUUCUUCUAACCCUUCUUCUCAACUCCCUCUUCUCCGCACAAUUCGAAGUGAGAUCGUUGCAAAGAGGAGGAUUUUAGAGUGAAUUAAGUAGAAGGAAGAUGUUUGGAAGGCCGCCCAAGAAGAGUGAUAAUACAAGGUAUUAUGAGAUCUUGGGAGUACCCAAAACUGCUUCCCCUGAAGAUCUGAAGAAGGCUUAUAAAAAAGCUGCUAUUAAGAAUCAUCCUGAUAAGGGUGGGGAUCCUGAAAAGUUUAAGGAAUUGGCUCAUGCUUAUGAAGUUCUAAGUGAUCCCGAAAAGCGUGAGAUAUAUGAUCAAUAUGGAGAGGAUGCACUUAAGGAAGGUAUGGGUGGUGGUGGUGGAGCACAUGACCCAUUUGAUAUCUUCUCCUCAUUCUUUGGAGGAAAUCCCUUUGGCGGUGGUGGAAGUAGUAGAGGUCGAAGGCAGAGACGGGGGGAGGAUGUUGUACACCCAUUGAAGGUUUCUUUGGAGGAUCUUUACAAUGGUACUUCCAAGAAAUUGUCCCUUUCUCGCAAUGUCAUCUGCUCCAAGUGCAAAGGUAAAGGAUCAAAAUCUGGUGCUUCAAUGAAUUGCCCUGGCUGCCAAGGGUCUGGAGUGAAAAUCUCGAUCAGGCAUCUCGGUCCUAUGAUUCAGCAGAUGCAACAUACUUGUAAUGAUUGCAAGGGUACCGGUGAAACCAUUAAUGACCGAGACCGUUGCCCACAAUGUAAGGGUGAGAAGGUUGUGCAAGAAAAGAAAGUUUUGGAGGUUCAUGUUGAAAAGGGAAUGAAAAAUGGACAAAAAAUAACUUUCCCUGGACAAGCUGACGAGGCUCCCGAUACUGUCACUGGCGAUAUUGUGUUUAUCUUACAGCAGAAGGAUCACUCAAAAUUCAAGCGAAAGGGUGAUGAUCUGUUUUAUGAACAUACCCUUUCACUAACUCAGGCCCUCUGUGGUUUCCAGUUUGUAUUAGCCCAUCUGGACAGUAGGCAAUUGCUAAUAAAAUCUCAUCCGGGAGAAGUUGUUAAGCCAGAUUCGUUCAAGGCAAUUAACGACGAAGGUAUGCCCAUGCAUCAGAGACCAUUCAUGAAGGGGAAUCUAUACAUCCACUUCACUGUAGAGUUCCCCGAUACCUUGACAUUGGACCAAUGCAAGUCUUUAGAGGCUGUGCUUCCUCCGAAGUCAUCACCACAGCUUACUGCUAUGGAGUUGGAUGAAUGUGAAGAGACAACUCUUCACAAUGUCGACAUCGAGGAGGAAAUGCGCAGGAAGGAGGCUCGAGCCCAGCAAGAGGCUUAUGAUGAAGAUGAAGAUAUGCAUGGAGAUGGAGGUGCUCAAAGGGUUCAAUGCGCUCAACAAUAAUCCUAAUUGAAGGUGACUCGAUUGAUCUCUAUGUCGGGAUCUGCUUUCGGGGGCUAAUGGUUACAUAUUGAUUAGAGUUAUUUUUUUUUUGUUGAAGAAUUGUAGUGUAUUGAAUCAUAAGAUACCUUGAAGAAUACUUGUCCUGAGUUUUUGGAAACAGAAUUUUCUAUAUGUUGCAUAUGUUAGAGAUGUGAGAACUUACAAUGGUUAGGCUUGUGUAGAACAUUGUUUUCUUCCUGACCACUGUUACAUGAUUCAUUAUUUUCCUUUUGUGAA